AAUCUACGGUGACGAAAAUACAAUUUACAAUUCCAACUUUAACCUCUUAAUUUUUGUAUAAACUCCCAAAACUAACCCCACUACCUGGCUCCGCUGGGAAAAAAAUAUGUCCCUACUCGGCGACGAUGGCAACGGCUACGACCUAGCUCGGAAGCUAGAGUCACUGGGCACAUGGAGGACAUGGCUGGGCGACUCUCUUUACUCAAAUUUCGUUCAUUUUUUAUCUUCUCCUUCUUCAUGGGACUCCUUCAUGCGAACCGACGACUCCAAAUCAAAAGCUCAGAUCCACCUCCAGCUUCGCGCUCGUGCUCUCUUAUUCGAUAAAGCUACUGUCUCUCUUUUUAUUUCUAAUAAUAAUAAUUCCUGUUCUGCGCUCGCCGUUUCGAAACUUAAUCCUAGUUAUUUGCAAUUGCAUGGUGACGACGUGUACUUCACGUUAGAAGACGGCGAUCAACGGCAGAAUGCUGCACUGUCUAAGAGUCAUUCUAAGUCAGCUUUUAGCAUUGGGUCCAGAUAUGGUGAGCCUGAAAUGGAAGGAUUAACCCAGAGAUUCAGGAAUGAGGAAUUUCCUGAAUCAUGGUAUAAUCAAUUCAUAGAGAAGUAUAAAGUUAGUCGGCCAUAUAGAUUGUCAGUAGGGGAGAGAGAGUCAGACAAACGUUCGCCUGAGGAAAUGUCUAGUUAUCUUAGACUGGUAGAUAAGCAUAAGAGGAGGCGUAUUUCAUCUACACCAAGUAUGCAUUCCAGUUCUGUUUUAGAUGGUUCUAAUUCCACUGAUGAUGAUGAUUUAUCUUUUUUUCCCGAAACAAUGUUUAUGUUAAACUGUGUACCUGAUAGUGCACUCCCACUCAUAAUUAGACCCCAAGAUAAUCAGAAAAUUGAGUUCCACGGAGUUCUUGAUUCAUUACCUCAAACGAGGAGUUCUGUUGUGAUAGAGAGGCUUGGUAUUAGUGUGGAGCAGGGAGGAAGCUUACAUCGUGCAAAGAAUGGGUCUGAAGGAAAUAAGAAACUUAUUAGUCAAGAGCAAGCAUCACAGAUGUGUCAAAAGGUAGUGGCCCGAAUGCUGGCACGGGUGGGGUUUGACAGCGCAACUGAACUCCCAGUGGAAGUCUUAUCUCAAGCACUCAGGUGUCAUAUCUCUGAACUAGGACGUAACUUGAAAAUUCUCGCUGAUAAUUAUAGGAAACAAUGUUCAGCGAUUGACCUACUUAAGAUGUUUCUUCAAACGGCAGGAUUUAAAGCUUCCACUGGUUUGAUGGAGCUUGUUAAAGAUGGAACUAGGAAUGUUGUCCAACCAACUCAGCAACAAAUGCAUGCAAUCCAAUCACAAUUGCAGGCUCAGCACCAGAGCACCCUUCGGCUGCCCCAGCAAAUCCCAAGACAAAUGCAUCCACAGAUGCAGCAGAUGGUUCAUCCACAAAAUUUGGCUUUUCAGCAGCAGCAGCAGUUAGAGAGAAUGCGUAGGCGUCAACCGUCUACUCCUCGCCCUGCAAUGGAUAUAGACAAGGACAGACCAAUGGUACAAGUGAAGAUUGAAAAUCCAUCAGAAUUGCCAAUGGAUGGCAAUGCCUUCAAUCCCAUGCACUCCAGACAUCCACAAAUGCAGUUCCGGCAGCAACAGCUGGCUGCAAUAUCAAGUCUCCAAGCUCAAUCUAGCAAUCAAUUUAGGCAGUUGGCAUCCAUGCAAGUUCCUCAAGUGCAGUCACCGAAUAUGGGCAUUGUUAGGGCACCACCGGUGAAGGUGGAAGGUUUUCAGGAAUUGAUGGGUGGAGAUGCUUCAGUAAAACAUGACCCUGAGGAAAAUAAGCGAACCUCUCCAUCUGGUAAAUAGCUUGGCUAGGCUUGCUGACUUUUCACCAUGCAUGUUUCAUCCUCUUAUUUUUGUUCAAAGAAAUGCUUAAUAUGUAUAUAAGCUAGUUUAAUUUUUUAGAGACUAA